AAUCCAUAUAAAUUAUGUGAUUUGGGUUUUAUAAAUGAACUUUCUUUUUUUUCGCUUAAAAAGGUUCAUCUUCAGAGAAACAAUUCCGCACCAAAUUAGGCACCCCAUCUUUUCCCUUCUUUGUCCAUUCACGCUUCAAUCGAAUUUUUCCAAUGACCAUGAACACCAUCUCUAUCGAGGAUAAGGUCAAAAUUGCUUCAGAUUUCCUUCUCUCAAGUCCUCCUGGUGAAGUUAAUGAUGUUUUUAACGAUGUUCGUACUUUGGUUGGUAAUGACGAAGCACUUCAAGAAGGUGUUUUACAAUCGCUUGAACAAUAUAAUGCAGAGCAGCAUGUUACUGUUAUUCCUCCAGGUUUAGACUAUGAAGUUAUCAUAUCGAAACAUGGUAAAAUUAGCGAGGAUAGAUAUCUUGACCCACGCUCAAAACAAACCUUUAAAUUUGAUCAUAUACGCUUGGCUGCUUCAGAUUUGGAGGAAUACACUACCGAUGACAGUAAUAGCUUGGAGGUUCUAAGAGCAGCUAUCGACGAAGAAUGCUCGAGCUAUGUCUAUGAUCAUUAUCCUAAUGGUGUUUCAACCGUAUACAAUAACAGCAAAGAAAUCAUUAUUGCAAUUGUUGAUAACAAAUACAAUCCAAGCAAUUACUGGAAUGGAAAAUGGCUUGCUUCAUGGAUAUACGAUACCCAAAAAGAUACACUAAGAGGGAUGACAGUAGUAAAUGUCCACUAUUAUGAAGAUGGCAAUGUUCAGUUGAACGCUGAAAAGAAUGUCGAAGUAGAGUUGUCCAGAACAGAGGUAUUUUGUUUAUUAGUGAUAUUACCUAUCAAAGCCAGUCUAAUAAUGCCUAUGUGUAGGAUACUAAGCAAUUAGCAAAAUCUUUGGUGAAAGAAAUUUCCAAGUUUGAUAAUCAAUAUCAGAGUGCGAUGAAUGAUAGUUAUAAUGAUCUUGCUGAAAACACUUUUAAGGGAUUAAGAAGAGCUCUACCUAUGACACGUAAUAAGAUGGAUUGGAAUAAAAUCUUGAAUUACAAGAUCGGUAAUGAACUAGCUCAGAAAUAAGGAAGAGUACACGAGCGCAUAGUUUACGUUGAUUAUAAAAGGAUGCCAUUGUUUCCUUACAGCUGUUGAAAUGACCAAUAAACUACAUUA